AUGGACUCGCAAAAUAGUUACUCAGGCUAUAACACUUUUAACCAUCAACCAUCGUGGAGUAAUAGCUCAAAUAUUUAUCCAUCAGGUAAUAGGGAUCCAGAAAAAAAUCCAUUAUUGACAGAAACAGAAAAAACCAAUAUAGGCACAUCAUACAGAAAAACAACAACAAAUAAAAAGAAGGGUUUAAAUAUUUUUGUCAAAUUAUUUGUUAUUCUCUUUUACUUAGUUUCAAUUGCAUUGGUUGCUGUUGGUUUAUACCAUUAUUUUGAAACAGAUCAUAGAAAGCCUGAAGUUAAAACUGUUUUUUAUUUUAUAGGUGGAAUUAUUUUAUUUGUAGUAACCUCAAUCGUUUUAAUCGCAAGAAAAUGUGGUAGAUAA